AUGGUGGUUUUACUUUUUAACUUGGAUUAUAAUAGUCUUGACGAUGAUGAUGAUGAUGAUAAUGAUGAAGAUAUAAAAACCGUGUUCACAUAUGAUAGAAAAUUCGCUGGAAGGAGACGAAAGGAUAAAAAAAUUGAUUGGAAGAAGACGAAAUUGAAAAAAUGGAUUGAGGAAGAAAAGUUAAUUUUACAUCGACGUUUUUUUAGUGUUUCAAGAAGGCAGUCUCAAAGCAACGCAAAUGAUAAUGGCUCUGGAAAAUCAAAUUCUGGAAUUCGUUUUGUACUCAAGGAUUUAAUUUACUUGAGGGAAAAUGAAGAAAUGCCGAGAAGAAAUCUUAAGACUGAAGAUCAACAUCAAAAGAAAGCAUUGAGAAAGAAGAAAAACCGAAUAGAAAAGUAUGAAUUGAUCAAUUUUCUUCAAAAUUUUUUGCAAGAAACUAGUAAAAGGGAUGGACUGAAUAGGAAAAACAAUUCUGAAAAACCAAGUCCAUCAAAUAAACCAAAUAUGGCGAUGCCUAUUUCCCCCUCGUUACGAGAAGAAGUUAAACUUCGAGAAGCGGAGAAUGCGUGGAAACCGACAAGACUAAAGGGUAGCGACAUUGAUGUUGAGGAAGCUAAAACCGAAUCUCUCGCUAAAAAAGUUCGUAGUGUGCUCAAUAAAUUAACGCUUCAAAAAUUCGACACAUUGGUUAGUCAAGUGAGAGCGUUGAACAUUGAUACCAAGGAAAGAAUGGAGCGUGUGAUUAAUCUUGUCUUCGAAAAGGCAAUUAAAGAACCUAUUUUUUCCGCGGAAUACGCACUUAUGUGUAAGGAACUUGCCAUGAUGCAAGUUUCCGGUACGGAUCCAUCUGAUUCAACAACGGCGAACUUUAGGAAAUUAAUUAUCACUCGUUGUCAACAUGAAUUCCAAAAGGAAUCCGACAAUGGUGAUAUGAGAGAGACGAAAGCUAAGGAAAUUGAAGAAUGUACAGAUCCUGAAAAGAAGAAAGAAUUAAUAUUAUUCUGUGAAGAGGAAGAGAGGAGGAUACGCAUGAAGUCUGUUGGUAACAUAAGGUUCAUUGGAGAACUUUUUAAACAAGGAAUGUUGAAAAAGAAUAUUAUGCUUUUCUGUAUAAAUCAUUUAUUACAAUUCCGUGAUGAAAAUAAUUUGGAAUGUUUGUGUAUAUUGUUAACGACAGUAGGAAAAAGAUUGGAAUCUAAAGACGAAUUGAAUGAAUAUUUUAUUCAAAUACAGGGCAUCGCAAAUGAUAAAGGCCCUGGAAAAAUUAAUUUCAGAGUUUGUUUUAUGCUCCAAGAUGUAAUUGACUUAAGGGCGAAUAAAUGGGUGCCAAGGAGAGAUGACAGUAAUCCUAAGACAAUGGACCAAAUUCAAAAAGAGGCAGAAACCGAACGAUUAGAUGCCCAACUCAAUAUUCCUCUUAAUACCCCACGAAAAGAUGAUCGGAACGUUGACCGACGAAGAAAUCGUGGAAUGGCAGGGUCUUCCGAAGAUGGUGGUUGGAGUCAGCCAGUUCGAUCGAGAGCUUCAUACUCUUGUGAUACUUCGAAACUAAAAACUAAACCUCCUCUAAUGGACGAUCUUCAAUUAGGAAAUAGGAAUACUUAUACUAUGUGGAAUAAGAAUAUUCCUUCUGUAGGAUCCACAAAGAUGCAGAAUAAAUUUUCAGCCCUAGAAAAUAUUUCAUCGUUUGAUCAAGAAAAACGUAAUCCACUCCAACUUUCUGGAUCAAAGUCGAUGGGACCACGAGAAUGUGGCAGAACUGACUACAAAUCCGCUUAUGAUGGUAGAAGUUCGCGAAAUGGCAGUAGCUACCAAUUAAGUAGUAGUGGUUCCUUGACUAGAGAGGGAAUUCCUCCACUUGACAGUGGAAGAAGUCAAAGUGUCACAAUGCCUCCUCAGAGCAAACCAGCUCCACAACCUACCUCUAUUAGUAAUAAACCAGAAAAAUCAUUUGAUGAACUCCAAAAAAUUGUUCAUAUGUUCGUCGAGGAAUAUAUCACCGAGGGCAAUGGUGAAGAUGUUGUACUCGAAGUUAAACAACAUUUCCCAACUUCACAAUUGCCAGCAGUGGUUCGCGAAAUAGUUAACGAAGUUCUCGAGAAAUCUGUCAAUGCACGUGAAUCAGUAUCGAAACUAUUGUCCUUCCUUAUCACCAAGAAAUCAAUUACUUUGAACGACUUCCGAAAAGGAUUUGGUGAAAUUCUUGAAUCAGUCGAUGAUUUAAUAAUUGAUAUUCCGAAAAUCCUGUCUUACUUCGCCGACAUUUUGGUUCACCUUGUAAUUGACGAAACUCAUCCGCUUGCGGAAUUGCCCAUUACCUUGGCUAAUUUGAGAAGUACAGGUCAAAGUGGGAAAUUAGUAGGUGAAUUAUUCUCAAAAAUUUCUACAAUUUGUGAACCAGAAUUCCUUGUUGAAAAGUGGCUUCGUAGUAAACUCCAAAUAAGUGAUCUUAUUAAUGGAGAACGAGAAAAUAUUGAUGAAAUCAUCAAGAAUUAUAAAUUACAAGCACUCGCAGAAGAGAAGUUUUCAUGUUUUGAACAAAUUCAUGAUCACCUUGUAAAAUUGAUGAAGACUAGCAAUAACAUAGUUGAUGAUGUUGUUAAUUGGGCGAAGAAUAAUAUUUCAGACAAAGUUCUUGAGCCACAAUUUAUUCGAGUUCUCAUGACUGCCAUUUUGGAAGUAUCCACUGUUUGUAAUAAACAAAGACACGACUUCAAGCCUGAAAUAUUCCAAGGUUUGCAAACGCUGAUACAUAGGUUCGUCGAUGCGAAUGAAAAAUUAGAAUUGCAAUGUCUGUUCGCUGCUCAGUCAUUUGCAAAUAAAUUAGAAUUCCCCCCUGGGCUGCUUUUAAACAUUUUUGAUAAAUUAUGUGAGGACAAUGUAAUUUCCUUUGAGUCUUUCAUCUCGUGGGAAACGAAUGACGAUGCAGCUGAACGUGAAGGAAAGGCAGUAGCUUUAAAAGCACUCACAUGCUUUUUCACAUCAUUGAAGGAAGCCGAAGAAGUUUCUGAAGAAGAAACGUCAACUCAAGUGCGUUAAAUAUUGUCAGUGUUUUAAAUGGAGAGUUUUUGACCCAAUGCCAACGUGACGUGAGUUUUACUCUUUAUUCCUGAAUAUAAUUGUGAAACACAUUUUCAGGAAAGUGCGUUUUUUCGCAAUUUAUAAGUGCUAAAAGACUUAUGAGAAUUUUUACCAAGACUCGAUAAAAAUUUAACUUUAACUCAAUUUCUUAGAAGUGGCCAAAAUUGCAGUUGUUUUUUUUUUAUUUUUUAAAAUGGACACAUUUAUCUUAAAAAGACAAUGGAAUAAGUGAUUGUGCCGAGAUGUGUAUUAUAGCCUAGGACAUAAAAAAAAGCCGAAGACAAAGUCGAGGCAAAUCAACGGUUACACUGAAUUUCCGUAUUUGCGAUACGCUAUACAUAAAUGAAGAUAAAAAAAAAAUAUUAACUAUUAAUACAGAAAUAACUGCAAGAUAAUUAUUAUAUAUAAUUGAUUUAAAAAAACAAAGGUUUAAAGUUUAAAUAAAGAAAUGAGAAAAAAAACAAACAAAAACUGAAAAUGAUAUCGUGUUUUUAAAAGUGAAGUUUUUUUCUGAAAUGUUUUCGUGGCUUUUUUUCGUUUCUAUAGGACUCGCGUUUAUUUACAAUCGUCAAAUUCAAUUAAAGCCGCGGUAACAUUUCAAAAUUUUUUUUCAAAAACGAUAUCGCACAUCGACAGAAGUACUUGCUACAUAAACUUUUAGAUAAUCGGGAUAUUAAAAUCGUGUAAAAUCCUUAUAUUUGUAGGUAAGACGAAAACAAACAAAAAAAUGAAAAAAAGCACGGUCUUUACAUGCGCGUACACGAAGCUAUUGAUAACCAAGUCUGAGAAAGAUGAUUCUUCCUAUUACUGUAAACGAACAUAACAGAAUUAAUUAUUUAUAAAUAUUGCGAAUAUGAUCUUAUAUAUAAAUAUAUAUAUUAUAUUGUAACUUUUAAGAGGAGCGAUCGUGAUUUUUUGCGAAUAGAAAGAUUUAAAAAAUGGGUGAGAACGACACACAAAACAAAAACCAAUUUAUCGACCGCGUAAAUUUUUAUUUCCUCAAUUCGCAGUCGCGUCAAAGGCUCUACUAUUUUUUAAAUGAAAAAAAAGAAUAAAAUAAAACAAAAAACGAGUUAUUUAUAAUUAAAGAAAAAGCAAAUAGAGUUGCAAAAGCGUGGAUAUUGAAUGUCUGCGUUAAUAAAAAAAAUAAUCGUGAGCUUUUUUUUUUUAAUUAAAAAGAAAGAAGAUAUUUUUUCCUCGAAGAGUAAAGCCUUCGUGAAAAAUGGUGGUUUUACUUUUUAACUUGGAUUAUAAUAGUCUUGACGAUGAUGAUGAUGAUGAUAAUGAUGAAGAUAUAAAAACCGUGUUCACAUGUAAAUAAGCUGCGUCGCAGCAAAAAACUUUUCAAACUAUAAUAAUAAGUGCUCAUCACUGCAGUGCCGUAUUCUGUAGAGAUUGUUAAAAUAAAUUAUUUCUAUUCUUCA